AUUCUCUGAGCUUCACUCCAAACUGGAAGUGUUGUAUCAUUUAUUCUGAAGAUGAAGUUUGAGAACGUCCUGGCAGAGCUGAACGGCUUUGGUAGAUUCCAAUUAAAGACGAUCCUCUUGAUGGUAAUUCCUCGUGUGACUUUGCCUUUUAACUUUCUGCUGAAUAAUUUCAUCGCGGCUAUUCCGUCUCACCACUGCGACAUCAGCUCUCUGGAUGAUGGAGGACUUUUUAGGAAUUUAUCCCAAGCGGAGAGGCUUCUUGUUAGUGUUCCUCUCCAGGAGGAUGGAACUCCGAACUCGUGUCAGAUGUUUGCAGAGCCUCAGUAUCAUCUGCUGCUCAACUACUCCAACAUGACUGAGCUACCCACAGUGCCGUGUCAGAAUGGAUGGGUGUAUGACAACACCACCUUCAAGUCUACUCUGGCCACAGAGUGGGAUCUGGUUUGUGAUAAAAGAAGAGUGAACAGAGCCACAGCCACUAUCUUCUUCAUGGGGGUCAUGGUUGGAGCAGCAGUGUUUGGCUACUUUAGUGACAGGUUUGGCCGAAAAAUCAUGCUUCUGGUGUCUUAUGUGACAGCUGCCAUCUUUGGAUUUGCAAGUGCUUUCUCAUAUAAUUUUGCCAUGUUUGCUGCCAUGAGGUUCUUCACUGGACUUGGAAUGUCUGGAAUAAGUAUUAUCACCAUCGUCCUUUGUAUUGAAUGGGUGGACAUUAAGCAUCGAACUGCAGUGGGCGUUCUUAUGAGCAUGGACUGGAGUGUUUGCACUGCUGUGCUACCUUUGGUGGCCUAUUUUGUGAAUGACUGGAGGCACCUCACUGCCGUAGCAACCACCCCGCUGUUUCUCGCAAUGAUUUCCUGGUGGUGGCUCCCCGAGUCUGCCAGAUGGCUGAUAAGUACUGGAAAGGUCAACAGGGCUCACUUUUACUUGAGCAAGUGUGCAGAAGCCAACGGCAGAGAGCAGUUCAUGGCUGACGUAAAGCCUGAGGUUCUGUCCAAAGUAAUACUUGUAGAAAAUGAAAACAGGAAAUAUUCCUACCUGGACCUUGUGAGGACACCCAGAAUGAGGAGGCUGGCUCUACUUACUGCCAUUGUUUGGUUUGGAGUGGCCUUUACGUAUUAUGGAAUCAGCUUGAAUGUCGCUGGAUUUGGUCUGAACAUUUAUCUCACACAGUUCAUCUAUGGAGCCAUUGAACUUCCAGCAAAAGCAUUUAUCUUUUUCUCCCUGAGCAAAACUGGCCGAAGGUUGAAUCAAACAGGAACACUUCUUAUGACUGGACUGUGUAUAUUCUGCAACAUGUUUGUCCCUAAAGAUAAGGGGCUGUUUCAGACAGCUGUGGGGGCUUUGGGCAAAAUGUUCUCCGAGGCAACUUUUACAACUGUAUAUCUGUACACAUCAGAGCUUUACCCCACAGUAAUGAGGCAAAAUGGAUUGGGGUUCUGUGCUGUCAUGGCCCGUUGCGGUGUGUCUGUAUCCCCCCUGAUCAUGCUUCUAGAAGAAGUGUGGGGCCAUUUGCCGAGUACUAUUUUCUCCCUGGUGGCUGUUGGUGCAGGGCUAUCAGCUUAUUUUCUACCAGAGACAAAAAACAUCCGUCUACCAGAGACUAUUGAGGAUGUGGAACUAACAAGGAGAAGAUCAAUCUGCACAUCUGACGAGAAAGCUCAACUCUAAAUGGACCUCAUCUUAAUGGACCUCAUCUUCAUUGCAACCAAAAGGCCUCCACGUUUAGUUGCAGGGUAGAUCAGUGGGAAUAAUGUGUUUUAACGUACAGUAAUGAACAAACCCUUGUUUCUUAAAGAAUUUUUUAAUACAUUUCUUUAAAAAUGUGAUCAAAUACUACUGAUUGAUGACUGAUUUUUGUGUUUCCUGAAUAAAGAGAAGAUAUUUCUUAAAAAAAAAAGAACCUGAGGGGGCAGAGGGUGAUGUUAAAAUCUAGGAGACAGACUGAAGUUUAAUGUGUUGUUUUAAAGAUGGGAACAUGUGGAUGGUAAAGGGUAAAAGGAUGCAAGAAAGGGAAAUGAUAUGAGAAGGGGGCAAUCUGAGAUGGCAGAUUGUUCUGCCUAGCCCGCUGGAGAACAGCUGAGGAAAGAUACCCACUUGACAACCCAGAAAUGUUAACCUACUCAAGGCUAACAUGCUCAACACUGUAAUGUACAAUCAUGUUAUAUAUGUUUUCUUUUCCAGGACACACUGGGCUACGUGCUGCAGUGAUGUCAUGAAUGUAUUACUGUAUUAUAUGACCUUAAAUACGUAAGAAAAACAAAAUGAAACUGAAUCUGACAGAUAUUUAUUCAAAUCACACAAUUGUGAACAAGACUUUUGCCUUUUGAAAUGUGUUCUUCUAGACCUUGGUGAGCAGGAAAAAAUAAUUAAACACCAUAGACACCAUAAAUCAAAAAGUAUUUACAUUUCUGUCGGACAUACCUCUAUUCAUUUUUUGUCUAAAAUGUUAGUUGUGCCAUUCCUGCAAGCAGUUCCUGUCUGCAAAGACACACAGGGACACAUUGCACAAGACCAGUGGUUCCCAUCUGGUCCAGCCAUGGGGUCCAGAUUUCUCCUUAGUUGUUAGUUCAAGGUCCAUACAAUUUAAUAUAUUCAGUGUCAUACUUGUGUUUGGCCAUGCCGUCGAGCUAGUUUGCUGUCUCCCUCAAGUGGUCACUCACUCUACAGCAGGGAUAUGGCACUUCAAAAUAAAAGCUCUGCGCAAGAAAUUCACUGUAUGUUAAAAUAAA